GUUUAUUUUAGGAAACAAAGAGCUGUAUCAUUUGCACACACCCUUAUAGGCAGGCACCAGCUCUCCGCUGGCGUUCUUCAAAAGAAGGGAAGGCAAGAUGAGGAGCUCUUUGUUGCUGUGCGUGGCCUUGGCCGUCUCCUUGGGCUUCAUCCUGGUGGCAGGUUAUCCCCGGAACUCUGACAACGAUGAGUACGUGCUGGUCAACAACAAGUGUCAGUGCGUGACGGUGACCUCAAGGUUCGUCCCCUCCAAGGACAAUCCCAAUGAAGAAGUCCUGGAGAGAAACAUACGCAUCCUAGUCCCCCUGAAGGCUCGGGAGAACAUCUCUGACCCCCUGUCCCCACUCAGAACCACUUUUGUCUACCGCAUGACUGAACUGUGCAGAAAAUGCGAUCCCGUGGAAGUGGAGCUGGGUGGUGAGGUGUACCAGGCCCAGCAGAGCAACUUCUGCGACGAGCCUGAGACCUGCUACACCUACGACAGGGACAAGUGCUACACCACGACCUUCCCCUUCCUCUACCACGGCGAGAUAAAGAAAGUCCCAGCAGUUCUGACACCAGCUUCCUGCUAUGCUGAUUAGCUCCAGCCACGGCCCUACUAAUGCCUCGGUGUGGCCAGUGUUCCUAUCAAAAAUACAUCUAUAGCACCCUAGUACCUAGACGACAGUGCCCAAAAUACCAGCUCCCAGAGUAAUGCCAACUUGCAUCCCUAUUUUUUUCAACAGCAGACCAGUGCCAUCUCCCAAGAGAAGCUACUGGUUGUCAUAGACUCUGUUCUCAUAGCCCCAGCAUCCAUCUGCAAUGCCAUUAUUAUCUGUCUCAGACAUUAUCACUGCGUAGAGCAGAUCCUCAGUAGGUGUAAAUCAGUAAUUCCCUUGAAGACAAGGGAACUGCAGUGAUUUACAGCCCUGGGGAACCUGUCUUUUUGUCCAUCUUCCAUCAGCCUUCAUCUGAGCAUCUGGACAUCAGCAGGAAUGUCCAUGUACUUCCCCGCCUUGAGCAAUCUGUCCCUCUGCACAACCUUUAUACAAACCCCUUCAAUUACAUUAGCAGAAUUUGUGCCCUUACUCAAAGGCUGUUUUAGACUCACGUUUGAGAGAAAAGAUGAAGGAUGAGAACCAGAAAUUCAGACUUCAAAGUUAUUUUACACUUGGGCAUUCUAGCCCCUUCCAGCACUAAGGCAAUCGCAAGCUUCUAGUUUUCAGGUACAUUUGGAGAAAGAUGAAAAGAUGCCGCUACCCUGAAGUGUUCUGCAAAGCUGCCAGGGCCUCAGCUGUGCCGGGAAUAGCAAUCUCUUCUAGGACACCUUAGGUAUUCCACUUUCCAUGCUUAUGUGCUGAUAUCGCUGCCUUCUUCCAACUCUGCUCCCAGUUCUAUUGAUGAAAAAAAAAAAAAAAAGCAACCCAGGUUGGCUCAAAUUUAUUAAUUUUUUUU